AGAGACACUCACCCCAGGCCAAAAGGAGGCCUCCAAGUGGCUCUUCAGCCAGACAAGACUUUGAACUCAUUUCCUCCUUCGGAUGAAUUUCCUCCUUCCUGGGAAGAUUGUUUAACAGGGCAGGGAGAGUUUAUAGCAGGCUUUUCUGCAGGAGGGCAGAGCCAGGGCAGAACCAGGAGGAGCUGGCCCACACACGGUGCCCACGAGCCACUGGGUCCCUGUCACAGUUCGAGAACCCAACUGGGAGGCCCCAGCCCCUCCGAGAACCAGCAGGCUGGCCUCGCUCAGCAGCGGGUCCAGGGGACUGACGGGCUGGGUCAGGGACCCAAAGCACCAGCGGGAAUAUCUGGCCUUCUCCACCGAAGCGGGGAAGCGGGAGCCCUGAGCCCUCAGGCUAACACUGACCCCAAGCUGCUCCUCAGCUGGACAAGAUGAGAAGAUCAGGUGUGCUCCGACUCCUGGCCCUCAUCUUUGCCCUGGUCUCCACAUGGAUCUUUUUGCGCAGCUUCAUCAGCUUAAACAUGAAAACUAUCCAUCUGUCCCGCUGGCUGGCAGAUUUGGACUCCAAGAAGGUCGAGGUCGUGAGGACCAAGUGCGGCCUCAGCAAGCCCUGCCCGGACAAUUUCUUUGCCUUUAAAAUCAGCAGCGGAGCCGCUAACGUCGUGGGUCCCACCAUGUGCUUCGAAAACCUUGUGAUUAUGAGUCCUGUGAAAAACAACGUGGGCAGAGGCCUGAACUUUGCCCUGGUGAAUGGAACCACAGGAGUGGUGCUGACACAGAAAUGUUUCGACAUGUACUCUGGAGAUGUUACGCUUCUGGUAAAGUUCCUUAAAGAAAUCCCAGAGGGCACACUGGUGCUAGUGGCCUCCUAUGAUGACCCAGGAACCAAAAUGAAUGAUGAGACCAGGAAGCUCCUCACCAACUUGGGCAGUUCCUAUGCAAAGCAGCUGGGCUUCAGAGAUAGCUGGGUCUUCUUAGGGGCCAGAGACCUCAGGGAUAAAAGCCCUUUUGAGCAGUUCUUAAAGAACAACCCAGACACAAACAAAUACGAGGGCUGGCCGGAGCUGCUGGAGCUGGAGGGCUGUGUUCCCCAGAAGGUAUUUUAGGGCAGCUGCAGGACUGAAGAAGCCCCCUCGCUGUCCUAGAGUCAGCGCCAGCUGCGGCUGCAAGAAGGAAACCAGGUGGCCUGUGGAAAGUUCCCCCCCCCCCGGGGGGGGGCAGGGGUCCGUGCCCUCUGCACACCUCUCCUCUUCAGAAGCAGCACCCUCCCAGGGGCUGCGGCAGCCCAGCCAAGGUGGCCAGCCAUCAGGGGUCCUUCCAGAGCCCCUCUGCAGGAAGAAGGAACGGUGUGCUUUCCCUCAGGAUGACCGGCGGUCACUCCCAAGGAAGGACAGACUGCCGCACCUGCGGCUCACCAUUAAAUUUUAUUUUUGCUGAUUUUGAAUGAA